AUGCAAGAUGGAGGAAGCGGUAACGCGCACCCUAGCACUGUCUAUCACUGCCUCUACGCGCACAUCAAGCCCGGCUAUACUAGAAGCCAUCUUGCCCACGUCUUCAAUAAGACCGAACACACGAUCGGCAAUUGGCUGCAAGCCUACUACGAGACCGGAGUGUUCCAGCGUGCUCGGACCACUCGAGAGAGGAAGUACACGAAGCAGCAACGGGUGUGGCUUUUUAACUACUACCAACAUCAUCCACUCUCCUACUUAGAUGAAGCCCAGGACGCCUUCAAACGAACUCACGGCACCGAGAUCUCCAAGAUAUCAGUGUGGCGAAUCAUUCACUCGUUUGGUCUGACGUGGAAGGUGUUGGAGCGGAGGGCGAUUCACAUCAAGGAGCAGGACGUCUUCCGUUUCGUGGAAGAGCUUAGUCACCUCGACUGGAGCCACCACAACCUCGUUUUCCUCGAUGAGAGAAAACCUCGUGUGUCGAUCCUGGCCUUUAUUGGUGUCAACGGCAUUAUCGACUACUUCAGUACGGAAGGCACUUUCGAUCGGCUAGAGUUCACCAAGUGCUGUCAAGACCUGAUGCACAUGGAGAGGGGGCCGAUACGCCAGUAUCCUGGACCAAACUCAAUCUGGAUCAUGGAUGGGGCUACAAUCCACCGACACCCGGAAAUUAUUCACUAUCUACGAAGCGUCGGUUUAGUGGUGAUCUUCUUGCCAGCGUAUUGUCCGUUUUUUAAUCCUAUCGAGUUCCUCUUCGGAUACGUCAAGCGCUCCUUUCAACGACAGUACUCGGAAGCUAGCGGGCGAGAUUUGACUCCAUUCGUCGUUCAGACGUUUCAACGCUUCAGAGAUUUCGACAUGAGCAAGGUGUUCGAGCACUGCGGUUGGAAGAAACAAGGCUACUUCGAUCUUGUUGGACAUCUUUCAGGUGAGAACAAAGCCGAACUCGCUGCUAGUUAA